CGCUAAACGUCAGUUGCGUUAUUUGUUAUUAGGUAUUGGUUACUUGGAAAAAAGGAUGGUUCUGGGAUUGAAUUUUCUACUAUAGAAUUUAUAGUUUAGCUAACACUGGUUAUUUGCUCAUCUUUCUCUACUUUGAUGGAAAUCGGGGAGCAGUGCUUCUAGUCAUUACAGUCUAAUUAGAGGUAGAAAUGCAGCAGAAAUGUAAUUAAUUUAUUACUGAGCGAGUUUAUCUUAAUAGGAUAGAGGAGGCAGUGAUUAAUUAUAGUUACCUCGUUUUCAUAGCGUGGAUGAGGUUGAAUAGCCAUUUCCUCAAGCACUUGAAAAACUCUUUUAUUUUUAUCUACCAAAUGCUAUUAGCUAUCAAAAUAAGAUAAAAAUUGUACCAUAUUCUGUUAGCUUUUCUCUUUCAUCUACUCCAUGGCAGAAUGGUGCAUUUGUAUGCUUAAUUAUGUCUUUACUGUUGGGUUGUUGGAUUUAGUCAUGAGAUAAUGUUGAGCCGAAUUUUUUUUUUUUUGGUUAUCUGAAAAUGUAGUGUUUGAGCAUGAUUUGAAGUUUUUGAAGGAACUCUUACUGUCAUGUAUAUAGUUUGUUACGUGCAGGUGUAUGCAAACUGAUAUCUAAGUUUUGGGUGGUUUCAUCUUAAGCAUUAGAUCUUAACAAGUGGUUUCGCAAGAAGAGCUUUGUCCGACUGCCUUAUUCAGAACAGCUUUCGCAAGUAGAGCCUUGUUGUACUGCAGGGUUUUAAUAUCCAUUGAUUUUGUACGGCUGUUUCUUGUCUUCAUUUCAUCACCAUCCCCUCUAUUCUCUCUCUGGUUAAUUUUGGUGAGUUUCAAUGGAAGUAGGCGGCGAGCCAAUGAUGAGAGUGCAAGCCUUAGCUGAAGCCGGUGUAUCACAGGUCCCACCUCCAUACAUCCAGCUCCCUCACAACCGGCCUCAACUCAAAUUCAAUACAUCCUCCACCUCCAAUAACAAUCAAAGUAAUAGUAUUCCUCCUAUCAUUGAUCUAUUCAAUUUUGAGCCCAGCUUUCGGGACCUAGUCCGGGAGUCGAUUGGGCGGGCUUGCAGUGAAUGGGGAGCCUUCCAUGUCACCAGCCAUGGUAUCCCCACCAGCCUGCUGGACCACGUCAAGACUGCUGGCCUCUCAUUCUUCAAGCAUUGUCCCAUACCCGACAAGCUCAAGUACUCUUGCAACCCAAGCUCUUUUGCCUCUGAGGGCUAUGGUUCCCGAAUGCUCUUGCUAGGCAAAGAUGACCCACAUAAUGAAGGCAACGUUGUCUUGGAUUGGAGAGACUACUUCGACCACCACACUUUCCCUCUCUCUCGGCGCAAUCCCUCUCGCUGGCCCCACUUCCCUCCCGAUUACAGAGAAAUUGUGGCCAUGUAUGCCGACCAAAUGAUGAUGCUGGCUCAGAAGUUAAUGGGCUUGAUCUCCGAGAGCUUAGGCUUGAGAUCAUCGCACAUGGAGGAUGCUGUGGGUGAACUGUACCAGAACGUUACCAUCAGCUAUUACCCUCCCUGCCCUCAGCCAGAACUCACCCUGGGUCUCCAAUCCCAUUCCGAUAUGGGCGCCAUCACUCUUCUCAUUCAAGAUGAUGUUGGAGGCCUUCAACUUCUCAACCAUAACCAAUGGGUCACCGUUCCCUCCCUCUCUAAUGCCAUUCUUGUCAUCCUCGCCGAUCAAACUGAGAUUAUGACCAAUGGAAAGUAUAGGAGUGCUCAACAUCGGGCCAUAACUAAUGCUACUCAAUCUCGGCUCUCAGUAGCCACAUUUCAUGACCCUGCCAAGGCAGCGAAAAUAUCACCUGCUUCUGAGCUUGUCGAGGAAUCUUCUCCCCAAUACCGGGAAGUUGUUUAUGGAGAUUAUGUAUCAUCAUGGUACACGAAGGGCCCUGAUGGAAAACGCAAUAUCGAUUCCCUCCUGCUCAACUGAUGGGACUGGAAAAAUUAAAGAAAAUAGCAUUACCCGCCCCCCUUUGUUUUUGCAAGUUUCAUUCUUUUGGUUUAGUGAAACCGUAAUAACUGUCGUCAGUCUUCUGUUUUGGGGAAUAAGAAGUUAAAUAAAAUGGUUUAAAUUGUAAGCAAUGCUUGCGGAA